GACACGGCCAAGUCCGCGGCACUCUUCGACAUUCGCCUCAAGAACCUCGACCGCGAUGUGUUGUUACUCAAAGGCCCUCCGAGCGAGGCGAACGCGGCGCUUCUCCUGGGAAAAAUCGUGCUCUCACUCUUGGAACCAGUGAGCAUCAAGCGGCUCUCGCUCAAGCUCUACGCAACGCUCCGGCUCAACUGGACGGAAACGGUAACGACCGCCCAGGGCACACAAAUUCCCAGACCAAUCAAGUACGAAAAGCGGAUCUUUGAGCUCGAAUGGGAUGAUUUCGACUUGGACGGGUCAGGACGGAUGAAUAGCCUCGGCGUCAUUGACCCCAUCUCUGGCCUCACCUCGCCCGGACGUGGCCAAUCGCCAGGGCUAACUCGGUCGGGAAAUUCUUCCUCCUCCUCCCUUAUAAACCUCCGCAUGUCCUCCACAAACCUCUCGGGAGGUGCGACACCCCACGGUAACACCUUGCCCCGUGGAAACUACGACUUUCCCUUCAGUACAAUCCUCGAUGGCUCCAUUCCCGAGUCCGUGGAGGGGCUUCCCGGAGGAUCACUCGUAUACCGCCUCCAGGCGAAGCUUGAGAAGACUUCGCGGUUCUCGACGGCUAUCGUUGCCAAAAAGCACUUGAGGGUCGUGAGAACCGUCACCACAGACGCGGUGGAGCUCUCUGAGUCCGUGGCGGUCGAUAAUACCUGGCCUAAGAAGGUCGAAUACAGUAUCAGCUUGCCGUCACGGGCAGUGGCAAUUGGCUCCAGCGCUCCGGUAAAUAUUCUCCUCGUGCCGCUCCUCAAGGGCUUGAAACUAGGCAAUAUCUACAUGUCAUUGGUAGAGUACUACUCCUACUGCGGCGUGUUUGGCCCAACGUGCAACCGCGAGCGGAUUGUGUGCGAGAAGACGAUCCCCCUGGCGAACGACCUGGAUGAGGAGUACUACAGUGAGGACAAGUGGGAGGUUGACACGUUGCUCAACGUGCCGGCGUCUUUGUCCAUGGCUACCCAGGAUUGCGAUAUCGCCAGUAAUAUGAAGGUCCGUCACAAGUUGAAAUUCACCAUUGGUUUGGUUAAUCCGGGGGGUCACACGUCGGAGCUCCGUGCUUCCAUUCCGUUGUCGUUGUUUAUUUCGCCAUUUGUGGCCAUCACCGCAAAGCAUGAGGUUGAUCCCUCGCUCGAAACCGAAGAUAACAUUGUCGAUAGUUCAACCAACUUGGCGUCCCACACCCAGGGAAUGAUGGCCCCGCCGGUAUAUCUGAAGCACAUUUACGACAGACUCUGGAGCGAUGUGAGUCCGGGCGAGUCACCACUAGCCUCAGGUUCGGUUACCCCGGCAUGGCCGGGAAGAAUUCUCUCGCCCGUGCACAUGGGUAUGUCGCCCAUGGAUAGCGCCGCCUCCAUGCACUUGGCCGAGAGCUUGCGUAAGUUGCACUUGCAGCGGCAAGAGAACCCCCAGGCCGGGUUGUCCUUUUCGGUCGGAGGAACCAGCGCCGCGGCAGACGCGCGUAGCCGCGCGGUAUUUAGCUUGGAUAACGACGAGGAGGAGCACAGCUCUGGCGCGCAAACGCCGAUCCCGGGCGACCAAGCCCGGCGAUUCUCCCAGGGCGAGUCGAGACACCCAGCUCAGCUCUUCUCGCCUGGGGUUCUCUCGCCCGCGCAGCACUUGUCACGAUCUAACUCCACCAAGGACUGGGACGCGACGGUAUUAUCGCGCGUUCCGUCGUACACCGCAGCACUCCGCACGGAAGCGGCCGAAGCGGUCUUGACACCCACGUACGAGCCGCCAAUUCCCGGCUCG